CACAAACCACCAACCAUUGUGAUCGAUCUGGGCCAAUUGGCCCUUGAAAGGGCCGCAAUAACACCUACGAAAGCAGCCAACGUCAAUUCGUCAUGCCGCAGCUUCGUCGAGGAGCGCCCAGGCUCUUAAGCCAGGUCAACAACAAGCCCCACGCGACCACCAGCGACUACCACGAUGGAGAGGCCCCAGUAGCCAUGACGUCUACGGUCAAAACACCAAAGCGCCUUUCUGACGAAGAGGUCAACGCAGAUCCGAUAUCGUCAAGCGACGAAGAUGCGACGCCAGCAUUCCUCCAAACGCGGAAACCGUCGCCAUCUCCAGCCCCGAAGCCCGCACCGCCAGCCAAGUCCUCAAAGCCACCGAGAGCUUUCAAUGCCGAUCAGAUACAGACGAAAAAAGGACGGACAAAAAGGAACGCUCCGUUGAAGGUCCCGCCGAGAGGUGCGCACAAGAAAUCUAGCGCAGAGGCACUUAAAGGUGGGGUAGAGGGGGGGAAUGAGAGUGAGGAUUCAAGCUCUCAAGUUUCUGUGGGCAAGAGGAAGGCGUAUGAUGACGAAAAGGACAAUCCGUUCAAGGGCAUGGAGUUCGAGGUCAAGAAGGCGCGACUUCCGCAAAGGUCGUACACAAAAAAUAUACAUAAUCCGGGACCCGCUGCGCAAAAGACAUAUGGAGGUAGCGCGAAGAAGACAUAUGGGAAAUCGACGGCUUCUGCAGGUUCACGAUAUGAAGAUUCGAUGAAACACAUGGCGGGAAUCACAAAAGCAUUAAGGCAGAAUGAGAAGGGAGACGACGUUUCCGACAUAUCUGACUUUUCCAUGGAAGAUAAUGUACCUCCUCCUCCCGCUCGAGGUAUGAAGGGGGCGAAAGAUAAAGAUAAAGAGAACACAACGCCACCUCCGAAAGAAGUACCCAUCAACUUGCUGGCUCAUAUCGGGGGCCCACUGGACGCUCCUGCCUCUCCAAGUUUCCUAGAGUCGGACCCAGAGGAAGACGAGCCAAGUCAUUCGGACAACAAUUCUACAUUUCCUGCGAAGCGGGGCACCGCAACGCGCAUCCGGACAGGGCAAUCCUCGGAGGAACUUAAAAACAUCGAGCAAUACUUACAAGACGCUCCGCAAAUGAAAUCAGACGAUAAAUGUCCGCUUUGCGACAAGCCCGUGGAGCAAGAGCAUUACUGGAAAUUCUUCAAGGGGAAGCAAAUGAGUGUCCGACAUCAACAGAUGUUCUGUCACGAACACCAGUUAAGAGAAGCACAAGCAACGUAUAAGGAAAGUGGCUAUCCAUCAAUAGACUGGGCAGCAUUACCAGCAAGGAUAAAACAGUUCCGACAUAAGUUACUUGCAAUACUACGCGACGAACAACCCAGCGUGUUCCGCGAUCAGCACGCAGAAAGGGUUGCCGCGGGAGAGGAUCGUUCAGUGCGCACACUCAUACAGAAAGACGUAACAGUCGGGUCACCGACAGGGUACUAUGGCUCUCGGGGCUUGAGAGCAAUGAUGGAGACCAUCUCCACGCACUUAGCGGAUGAGCUAAGAGAACAAAAUGAAGUCGAUAGGGUGGUCAGUUUUGGCGGGUUUGCAACAUUCAUAUUGAAAGUGUUGGUGCCCGAGGUAACGACUUGGUUGGUAAUGGAUGACCUUGAAUGCAGCAAGGAUGCCGCGAGAGAAUGCAUAAAGGAGUCAGCCAACUUAGGUCUCAUUGUGCACGAAGAGGUCGAGGACGAGGUUUCAUUCAUGGAGGAUGAUGACAGCGACUGAAAUUGGUCGUCCCAACCCUCCUUUUCUUUUCUAGUGCUUGUUGGUCUUUUGGAGAUCAGCAUUUUAUACCCGACUUUUCUGCUUUAUGUCCUUCGUAGGUUCGCAGCCAUUCAACCUGUAUUAAGUACCAUGUUUGGGAGGAGCAUCAGCAUACGAAAUGCGUAUCUGUUUGCAUAGCUAGUUAGAUUAAAACUACUGUAGUGACCAGGAUCAUUCACAUCUGCUAAGUGCUUCCAUGGCUAUGACGCC